AUGAAACCUCUCCUGGUUGUGAUUGCCUGGCUCUUCCUUUGGGAUCCAGUGACAGCAGGUUUAAACCCGCUAUCAUCAGAAAUGCACAAGGAAUGCUACAAAGGGGGCACCUGCAGACUCGAGUGCUACUCCAGUGAAAUGUUAGUUGCCUACUGCACCUUUCAGCUGGAAUGUUGCAUCACAGGAAAUCCUGAGCCCUGA